AUUUUCUGAAGAACAUUCAAAAUAAUAAAAUUUACAUGACCAAAAUGGAUAUCCGGGGUGCUGUGGAUGCUGCUGUCCCAACCAACAUCAUUGCUGCCAAGGCUGCAGAAGUUCGUGCAAACAAAGUGAACUGGCAAUCCUACCUCCAAGGUCAGAUGAUUUCUGCUGAAGACUGUGAAUUUAUCCAGAGAUUUGAAAUGAAGAGAAGUCCUGAAGAGAAGCAAGAUAUGCUUCAAGCUGAAGGCAGCCAGUGUGCUAAAACAUUUAUAAACUUGAUGACUCAUAUCUCCAAAGAACAGACAGUUCAGUACAUUCUAACCAUGGUUGAUGACAUGCUGCAGGAAAAUCACCAGCGUGUUAGCAUUUUCUUUGACUAUGCAAAACGUAGCAAGAAUACUGCCUGGUCCUACUUUCUGCCAAUGCUGAAUCGCCAGGAUCUCUUUACGGUUCAUAUGGCAGCAAGAAUUAUUGCCAAAUUAGCAGCAUGGGGAAAAGAACUGAUGGAAGGAAGUGACUUAAAUUACUAUUUCAACUGGAUAAAAACACAGCUGAGUUCACAGAAACUUCGUGGUAGCAGUGUCGCUGUUGAAACAGGAACAGUCUCUUCAAGUGAUAGUUCUCAGUAUGUGCAGUGUGUUGCUGGGUGCCUUCAGCUGAUGCUCCGGGUUAACGAGUACCGCUUUGCGUGGGUUGAGGCAGAUGGCGUAAACUGCAUCAUGGGAGUUUUGAGUAACAAGUGUGGCUUUCAGCUCCAGUAUCAGAUGAUUUUUUCCAUAUGGCUGCUGGCAUUCAGCCCUCAAAUGUGUGAACACCUGCGCCGCUACAAUAUCAUUCCUGUCCUGUCUGAUAUCCUUCAAGAAUCUGUCAAAGAGAAAGUCACCAGGAUUAUCCUUGCAGCAUUCCGCAACUUUUUAGAAAAAUCAACUGAGAGAGAAACUCGCCAAGAAUAUGCUCUGGCUAUGAUUCAGUGCAAAGUCCUGAAACAGCUGGAGAACUUGGAGCAGCAGAAGUAUGAUGAUGAAGAUAUCAGUGAAGAUAUAAAAUUUCUUUUGGAAAAACUUGGUGAGAGUGUCCAGGAUCUUAGCUCAUUUGAUGAGUACAGUUCAGAACUUAAAUCUGGAAGGUUGGAGUGGAGUCCUGUGCACAAAUCUGAGAAAUUUUGGCGAGAGAAUGCUGUGAGGUUAAAUGAGAAGAACUAUGAGCUCUUGAAAAUCUUGACAAAACUUCUGGAAGUGUCAGAUGAUCCACAAGUUUUGGCUGUUGCUGCUCAUGAUGUUGGAGAAUAUGUGCGACAUUACCCACGAGGCAAACGGGUUAUUGAACAACUUGGUGGGAAGCAGCUGGUGAUGAACCACAUGCACCAUGAAGACCAGCAGGUCCGGUACAACGCUCUACUGGCUGUGCAAAAGCUGAUGGUGCACAACUGGGAAUACCUUGGCAAACAGCUGCAAUCUGAGCAGCCCCAGACGGCUGUGGCCCGAAGCUGA